CUAAAAUAAGGUAUUUGAAGUACCUAUUACACGCCAGAAAUUGAAAAAAAGUAUUGAAAUAAAAAAUAUAACUAUAACGUGACCUUCGAAAAUAAUAUAUGUUACUUAGAAAUAUUAUAAAUAGUGUAGCAUUAGUAAGAAUUACGAAAUGUGCUUAUAUUAAACCUUUUAAAAUGGCUAAAAGUACUUUUGAAUAUGUUAAAACGUUUGAACAGGAUGAUACUUUACUACCUAACACGUGGAUUGUAGUAAGAUUAGAUGGAAAAUGUUUUCAUAAAUUCUCAGAAGAUCACAAUUUUAAAAAGCCUAAUGAUAUCAGAGCAUUAAAAUUGAUGAAUUAUGCAGCUUUUAAAGUCUUACAUGAAUUCAAUGAUGUCUUGAUGGCAUUUGGUCAAAGUGAUGAAUAUUCUUUUAUAUUAAAAAAGAACUGCUCUCUUUAUAAAAGGCGAGCAGCCAAAUUAUUAACAACUUUAAAUAGUAAAUUUUCUUCAUCGUAUGUAUUUUAUUGGAAUAAAUUUUUUGAUCAGGAACCAUUACAAUAUCCGCCAAUAUUUGAUGGACGUAUUGUUUUAUAUCCUUCUAAUGAAAAUAUUAUCGAUUACUUGAAAUGGAGACAAGCAGAUGUUCAUAUCAAUAAUCUUUAUAAUACGUCUUUCUGGACAUUGGUUUUACAGGGUGGGUUAAGCCCUGCUCAGGCAGAAAAGCGGUUAUGCGGGACUGUGUCUGCUGAUAAAAAUGAGAUAUUAUAUAAGGAAUUUAAUAUUAACUAUAAUAAUGAACCUAAUAUUUUCAAAAGAGGAACAGUGCUAAUGAGAAAAUCACUAUUAAAUGAAUCAUCAAAGAAAUCUAUGUCAGUUAUUGUAGAUGGUCAUGAUGAUAUGUUGAAAGAUACCUUCUGGAAAGAGAACAGUAACUUAUUGUUACCAAAACCCAAACAAAGUAUUAACCAUGAAGGUCCAAUAACAGACAUUAUAAAUGAGCAAAUUAGUAAAGGACAUGAUACAUCAGCUAAUGUAGUCAAGUUGUAAGAAAUAAAAGAUUUAAAGACUUU